AUGGGGCUAAGGUGGUACGUUGUGCAGCUGCAUCUGCCAUUUGCCAUUUUCACAAAGGAGCAGAAAUCAGAAAGAAAAUCAUGGAAAGACUCUCUGUUUCACAUGGCUCCCAUACAAGUAGCUCAAUUGACAUCAGGGACAGAAAGAGAUUUGGUAACAAAGUCGGAGAAGGGUGAUGUCUAUCCAUACUGCCUGAAAAUAGCCGUGCAGGAAAUGGUGGACAAAAACCUUCAAGAAUACCCUGAUCACAAAGGAUUUAGGGUGUUUGUUGUUGGAUAUCUUAUACUGCAUCACUUUGUUUUAUACACCAGUUUGGUAACAAAGUCGGAGAAGGGUGAUGUCUAUCCAUACUGCCUGAAAAUAGCCGUGCAGGAAAUGGUGGACAAAAACCUUCAAGAAUACCCUGAUCACAAAGGAUUUAGGAUAGUCCCAAUUACCCUUGAAGAGUUACAAAAUGCAGAAAAGGAAAUUGUGAGACACGUUCAAGAAGAAAGUUUCGAAGAGGAAUUGGCCAUAUUGAGAAAGGCAUCAUCCACGCCAUCAUCCUCACCCCCCUCAGGUGAACAGAAAUCAAAGCAUCAGGUCAAGAAAUCGAGCAAGAUCAUCAAACUUGAUCCCCGGAUGAUUGACGGCUUGUUGUGUGUCAGAGGGAGGAUAGCCAAUGGACCCUUCCAGCAGCGUGUAAAGCAUCCAGUAAUUUUGCCAAAGUCUCACCACAUUGUUCCCCUCAUCAUAAGCCAGUAUCAUCAUGUUUCUGGUCAUUCAGGAGUGGAACAUGUUCUUAGCCUGAUUGGAGAGAAGUUCUCGAUUGUCGGCGCCAGAACAGCAGUGCGAAGAUAUCUAAAUACCUGCGUUGCUUGCAAGAGAAGACAAGCCCAUGUUGGUGAACAGAAAAUGGCGGAUUUGCCACUAGGCAGAAUUACACCUGACGAACCUCCAUUCACCUAUGUGGGAGUCGACUGCUUUGGCCCGUUCCUGAUUCGCCGUGGAAGAACAGUAGUUAAGCGUUACGGCGUGCUUUUCAGGCGAUUUGUUGCAAGAAGAGGAUCUCCGGAACUGAUAAGAUCCGACAACGGCAGCAAUUUUGUAUCAGGAGAACGCGAGCUUAACCGCUCUAUCAAAGAAUGGAACCAGGAAAAAAUCGCCGAUUUCCUACUUCAAAGAAACGUCCAGUGGGCAUUCAACCCUCCAUGUGGGUCCCACCAUGGUGGUCCAUGGGAACGUUGCAUAAGGACAGUAAGAAAGGUCUUAAACGCACUGGUCAGGGAGCAAGUACUGGAUGACGAAGGGCUGUCAACAUUCAUGUGCGAAGCGGAGUCAAUCGUAAACAGCAGGCCCUUGACAAAGGUCUCAGACGACGUCCGCGACCUCGAACCCCUCACGCCUAAUCACCUUCUCCUCUUUCGGUACAGCCAACCGUUUCCUCCUGGAAUCUUUGCCAAGGACAUAUACUCCAGACGCAGGUGGAGGCAAGUCCAGUACUUAUCGGAUGUAUUUUGGCGCAGAUGGGUAAAGGAAUAUAUCCCAACUUUGCAACAGAGGCAAAAAUGGUUCAGGCCGCGCCGAAAUUUUCAAAUCGGAGACAUCGUACUGCUCACAGAUGAGAAGUCACCAAGGGGUUUAUGGCCACUUGCACGCAUAACCGGGAUUAAGACAAACCAGCGAGACCGUCUAGUAAGAAGCGUCAAGCUGAAAACAAAAUCAAGCACACUCGAACGUCCUAUAGACAAGAUCGUCUUACUUGAAGGAGCAGCUGAAGUUGCGGAGGAAGCUUAA